AUCACUGAUGCUGCCUUCUCAAAACAAAGCUCAUCUCUUCUGAAAAAGACUGCGAUUUCUCUCGAUGUGGUCGAACUGACAAGGGAGUGUCAGCUUUCAAGCAAGUGCUGCCGUUGUGUUGGGCUCCUGUUCCGCGGAAUUUUUCCGCCAGACAUGCAUGCAAUAUGCGCGGUUUACAAAUACAGUCUACCAAGGGCCAAUUUGGAUGUAGAGGUAGAUAUGAAUGAAAAGCGUGUCAAAAUGUCUUUCGUUAGGGAACUGUUUGAAGUUAGUAUAGAACCUGUUAGCAGUUUCUCAACGAAUUCGAUAUCUCGUAAUGAUUUGAUAGAGUUGACUAUCAAAGGAAGCGGCUUUUUGUGGCACAUGAUACGCUUUAUUGUGACGGUACUCCAUGAAAUCGGACUAGGAAACGAGCAGCCG